GGAACUGUCGCCGCCUGCAACAACAGCAGCAACAGCGGUGGUGAUAGAAGUAAUUUUAGAGUCAGUACCUGCAACAGUUGUUUGAUCGAUCUGUUGGUCGCCAGAAGUCCGUUUCCGAUUCACGUCGGUUCCCCCGAGUGCCGUACGUGGUAGGGUGUGAGUGCGUGCGUGCGAGUUUGAAAUCGACGGCGACCGUGAUUCGGCGGUGCUUGUCGACGACAUUGUGAAGUAUGUCAGCGAUUCGCAAAAAGCUUGUCAUCGUCGGUGACGGUGCCUGUGGGAAAACCUGUCUGCUGAUCGUGUUCAGUAAGGACCAGUUCCCUGAAGUUUAUGUGCCUACGGUCUUCGAGAACUACGUUGCCGACAUCGAGGUCGAUGGAAAACAAGUUGAACUCGCGCUGUGGGAUACGGCCGGACAGGAAGACUACGACCGACUCCGUCCUCUUUCGUAUCCUGACACCGACGUCAUCUUGAUGUGCUUCUCGAUCGAUUCACCCGAUUCACUCGAGAACAUCAACGAGAAAUGGCAUCCGGAGGUGAAACACUUCUGUCCCAGUGUCCCGAUAGUCUUGGUUGCCAAUAAGAAAGAUCUCCGCAGCGAUAGCGGAACAAUCAAAGAGUUGGCCAAAAUGAAGCAGGAGCCUGUCAGAGGAGAAGAAGGUCUCGCCAUGGCUGAGAAAAUCAAUGCCUAUGGUUAUCUCGAGUGUUCUGCCAGGACCAAAGAGGGCGUGAGGGAAGUAUUCGAACUGGCGACACGAGCAGCUCUCCAAGUCAAACCUAGAAAGAGGAAACGUUGUGCCCUAUUGUAAACAAAGGACCCUCUGCUUCAUCGCUUUCGGCACAUCGAUACAAACACCCUAAUAAAAGUCUCCAGCAACAGCAGCAGCGAGCCGAUUCCAUCUCUGAGUUUGACGCUGCUUCUGACUGAGUGAGAUCAGAGUAGAGAUACGGGAACUUGAAGGCAUCGCUAAACUACCCCACCAGGCGACGAUAGAAAUUAUUGAAUUCGAGAUGUGUCCGUACUGCUCUGCUGCAUUUCAUCGGAAUUCAGAAGCCCCUGUCAUCGCAUAGCUCCCUCUCUAGCUCUGGUCGACUAUGGUAAAUGCUUAGCUUCGCGAACUGUUCCCACGUUGAGAUGAGUCUAGAUCGAUAGAAUAAAAAUUGCAAAAAACAAAACAGAAUGAACAAUCAACGACACCGAUUUCUCCGGAGGCCGUCAGGAAAAAUUCGAGGAACAUGAUAUUGAGGCGAGCCGAAAGAGUCGACGAUUCUGAUCGCGCGGUUAAUUAGAAGAGGAGGAAAUGAGAUACAGGGGUGGGCGUCUCAGCGGCGGUCUCUCGCUUAUCGCCGGUUUUCAGCCGAUAAGGGUUAUACACUUGAAGCACUCGUAAAUGCCAUGUGGCUUCACUUGAAGUUCUGCCAUUGUCGAUGCAAGUGAAUCUCUCGAGGGAGCUCGCUUGCACGCAUAAUCGAACGGAGGACAAGCUGUAUCGUAUGGAGGAUGUCAUGGUGUGACUGUCACGGAGUCCGGGAUUGUCAGAUUAAGAUUACAGAAUUCGGAGUAAAUGUCUGGAGUUGAUGGACUGAUUAUAGGCCUACGAAAUCUCAAGUGUUGCCAAGCGUUACUUGGUUGGUUGGGCGGUCGAUCGUGCCUUCAAUUGACUUGUUGAUGUACAAUACUUUUCGAUAUGCUCACACACCAAUUCCGCAGGGGCUCGUCCAGCAGACGAGGAUAGCGGGACAGUUGCGACAGAGUUGCCAAAAGUGUGAGCAGAAAGCGAACCGAAUUCUCGACAACAAGCCGAUUUAGUCAAUUGUUCGACUCUGAAAAAAAAAGUUAGCCGGAACACUGUGAAUCAGUGUCUUGAAAUCGGGAGCGUCGAGACGUGACGCCGAAUAUGCGAGUUUGUUCAGGUUGAGAUGCAUAGUUAUCAUGGAGCAUCCGAGUGAAGUCAGGAGAUAGCGAUACAUGAAUACCCGUAUGUCGAUGAAUGUACCGGGGGAACCGAACCCAACUCAACUAUGUUGUUUCAUGGUUUUUGCGAUGGCGAGAAUUGUUUCAUGAUGAGAAUUUAUUAUGUGGCAGAGGAUCAGAAUGCGGAAGCCUAAGCGCGGGUGUCAGUCAUCCAUGUUCAGAGCACAUCCACCUCCCUCAUCAUCUACUCGUCCUUAUAUUAUACAGUGCUAUCAUAGAUCAGUUGUUGGCGGGGGUUCAUAUCGACGGAGACGUGAGGAUGUGAUCCGCCAUUUAUACUUACAUGAAGUUUCAGAAAACGAGCAGUGAUUCACGUGGCAAUAACUAUAAGCACGGGAGAGACAGAUCACGUGAAAGACUACCAUGCAUACACAUAUUUUACCGUAGCGAGAACAAAUGGUGCAGACUGUCCCAUUCGAAGUUUAUGAUAACAUGAUGAUGCUGCAUGAUCAAUCGAGUGUUCUCGGGGGAAAAUCGAAAUCGUGAAUAAAGAGAGUAUUAUUUU